AUGGAACAUCCUCAAAAGCCAUCAAACAUUGCUAUAUCCAGCCUUUAGAAGUUAGAAGAACCAGUUUCAAGAGAAAAUAGUUUAAUUCUUGUUCUUCUCUCCUUAAAUAUACUAUUCAUUUUUCCUCCCUCUUCAGUUUCAUCAUCCAUGGACACUGCUCAAUGGCCACAGGAGAUUGUGGUGAAGCCAAUAGAAGAGAUAGUCACAAACACUACUUCAUGUCCAAAGCCUGGAGCUCUGGAGAGGAAGGUAAGGCCUCAAAAGGACCAAGCCCUCAACUGCCCCAGGUGCAACUCAACCAACACCAAAUUCUGUUACUACAACAACUACAGCCUCACUCAGCCUAGGUACUUCUGCAAAACUUGUAGAAGGUAUUGGACUGAAGGUGGUUCCCUGAGGAAUAUUCCGGUCGGCGGAGGAUCAAGGAAGAACAAGAGAUCAGCUUCUAAUUCCUCUUCUUCAUCCUCUUCCUCAUCAUCCAAAAAGCUUCCUGAUCUGGUUACACCACCAAGUUUGUCACAGUCUUCUACUCAAAACCCUAAGAUCCAUGAUGGUCAAGAUCUCAACCUAGCUUUCCCAUCCACCCAAGGUUUCAGAAGCAUAUCUGAGUUGGUUCAAGUUCCCACUACAAUAAACAACAAGGAACAAAUUCCUACUUCAUCCACUACAUCUCAACAACUUUCAGCUUUGGAGCUUCUCACGGGAAUCUCUUCAAGAGGGUUGAAUUCUUUUAUGCCCAUGCCACUCUCAGAUCCAAACUCGGUUUAUACAUCCGGGGUUCCUAUGCAGGAAUUCAAACCAACCCUAAAUUUCUCCCUGGAUGGGCUGGGAAAUAGUUAUGGGAGUCUCCAAGGGGUUCAGGAGACAACUGGGAGGCUUCUGUUUCCCUUCGAAGAUUUGAAGCCAGUCUCAAGCACAACAGAUGCUGAGCCAAACAGAGAGCAAGGAGAUUCAGCUGGAUACUGGACUGGGAUGUUAGGAGGAGGAUCAUGGUAAAGACUAAAGAGGAUAUGGCAAAAAGAAAUUAUGGUCCUUUAUCUAUUCUUGUGUUUUCCUUUUUAACUUGUUAUUAAUUUAUUAAGGUGGGGUGACUUGUUUGGAUUUCUUCAUUACUAACAGAUAGGAAUACAAGGGUUUCUUUCUCUCCUUUGAUUGCCUUUUUUUUUUUUUUUUACUUCUUCUUCUUCUUUUCUUUUCUUUUCAUUUUUUUCUCCUCUUUAAACUAUCAUCUUCUUUAACUCUUUGAACCAUGGUGGAAAUUGGAAGGUUAUUUUAGGUUGGCUUAAUGGGAUCAAGCUAAAGCCAAGAUUCUUCUAGGGAAAAACAUGUAGAGAAAAAGAGACAUGCAUGCACUGAGUUUUUCUCCUCUGAAGAAAAGCUGAAGGGCAACCCACUAUUAUGUGUCAUUGAUUGGCUUAUUGGUACAAAAACUUAAUAAUGUAUCUAUUUGUUUAAGUUUGUAAGGAGAGUUUUAUGGUUUUAUGAAAAAUUAAGACUUGUGUUUACU